GGCGCUGUCAGUGUCGCGUGAGGUGGUCGUGUUUAUCGUUAGCGCGACUAGCGCAAUAAAAUCGUAAAUAAAAAUGAAUAUUUCCAAGUUUAAUAACUGAAAAGUAUAAUCAAAAGCGUCACACAAACAGUGAAUAUUAUAUCGUAAUUAUAUACCCAUUUUAGCGGCUGUCCCACUUAAAGAACGUAAACUGUGAUUUACGAAAGAAAGUUUUUUUACUUAUCGUGUUUCGUGUCUAAUGGCGAAAGAUGCGUGUCUCAAACGGGAAUUUAGUGUUGUUUGUGAGCAUAAUAUUUUGCGUGGACGGUCUCAGUAACGAAGUGACGGGUGAACAUUCUCUGGAGUUGACACAGUCCCUGAACCUCGCGAGGCAGGAGUUGAUACAGGAGAUAUGCAACCGAUUUCCGUUCAGGUUUACUCUCAACGACUUGCCACCAAGUCAGUUGGAGCACAUUUUGAUAGACGAUCAACACAAGCUUCUAUACUGCUAUGUGCCUAAGGUAGCAUGCACAAAUUGGAAGAGAAUCCUAAUGAUAUUGGGUGGCAAAUGGAACGAUACAGAUGUACUAGCUAUUCCUGGAAACUUAGCACACAGUGCAGGAAUGUUCCGGAAUCUCAGUUCAGCUUCAAAAGAAGAGAGGGACCACAUGUUGGAGAACUAUCAUAAGAUGAUUAUAGUUCGGAAUCCGUUUGAAAGAUUGCUAUCUGCAUACAGAAAUAAAUUGGAGGGAGAUACACCGAGCGCUAAGUAUUUUCAGGAUCGCGUCGGCAAGCGCAUCAUCAAAGCGUACCGAGAGAACCCUAGCAACGAAUCGCUUGAACACGGGCAUGACGUCACGUUCCGGGAAUUUGCGCUGUUCCUCACCAACAAGUCUGGUGAUCUAGCUGAUGUGGUGAACAAUGAGCAUUGGCAGCCCAUCACCAAUCUAUGUCACCCGUGCCUUAUCAAGUACACUUUAGUUGGUAAAUACGAAACACUAUUAGACGACUCGUUACUAGCCCUGCACACGAUCAACGCCUCCAACAUAGUACAGUUCCCGCGACUUGCACAUACUUCGGGCACUGCGCAGAAACUACGCUCUUAUUUCUCACAAUUGGAACUACCUUUAAUACGAAGGUUGUAUAAACUAUACAAAUAUGAUUAUAGAAUCUUUAAUUAUGAUCUAGAUAAUAUUGUUGGUUUUGAUCUGGGUUGAUUUUGGUGUUAUUGUUAAGGGAGUGAACACACGACUAGAGGAAUUAAAUAAUAUAGGG